AACAUGAGCACCGCUCUCGCAUUCUGGGCGCAGAAGCUCGAGCCUGGCAAGAAAAUCCGACUUGAACAGCCAGCGGAGCUCGCUAUUAAAAUUACGGGCGUCACCUUUGAUGAGACUCUCGUGAAUAAUGAACGAACAUCUGUGAAGGCUCAUGUUAAGGAUGAGGAGUCUGACAAGCCCGUCUCCUUCGUGCUUGCGAAUCUUAUUCCUGGCAAAAUUGAGUCACAACUCUUGGAUUUGAUAGUGGUCGAAGGCGAGGAGAUCGAGUUCGAAGUUAUUGGAAAGAACACUGUCUACUUGUCUGGCAACCUCAUCUAUCAAGUCCCUCCCGGAAGUGACGAUGAGUUCGAUGAAGACGAUGAUGAUGAGGAUUCGUAUCUCCUGCAAGAUGUUGGCUCUGACGUUGAGAUCAACCCUGAUGAGCUUAUGGAUGUGGAAGAUGAAGGGGAUUCAGGUCGCUUUGAGGAUUAGAGGAAGACAAAGAGCCCGCUCCAGCACCGAAAGCACCAGUGUCUAAUACUCCCAAGAAGGAGAAGAAGGGCGACAAGGCGCAAGGGGGUGGCAAACCGAAUAAACCUUUCUAUAAGAAUGAUAAGCCUGCCGCAGAUGG